UCUGCGUGAAGCUGACCACUGCCACCUGACCAGGACAGAUGAGAGGAGAAGAGGCAACAGGGAUGGGAGGAAGGAGGCAGCCUCAAUGCCUCCCUGAAGGAGGUGGAGGUAGCCUGGACACUGUGAUGAAGAGGUGUCUGGUGACCCUGAUAGGGUCGAGGCUGGGGAGGGAGAUGUGUUCUGGGGGCUGAGAUGGAGGUGAAGAAGCAGUGGGGCUUGGAACAGCUGCGGAAGCAGCAAGCCAGAGACGAUGAUUAGAAGGAAUCCCAAGAAUCCAGACAAAUGACUGAACCCCAAAGACCAGUUUCAGGCCAUCCCAGUAACCAUGCAAAUGUGGUAGGAACUGGAACAAGAACUGUACUAUUCAGAGAAUACAGGAAAUGUGGAGUCCUAGGACCUUCCUGCUCACCUGGAUUUUCAUCUUGGGAGUAAGCAGCACAGAGCAUUUCUACCGGCCAGGCCGCAGGAUAUGCUCCAUAGCAGCUACCAGAGAAAGUGACCCUGUCACAGAGUCCUAUAUCCAGAGGGUCUACCAGCCCUACAUCACCACCUGUGAAGACCAUAGAGCUUGCAGCACCUAUCGGACCAUCUACAAGACUGCUUACCGUUACACUUCUCGAACUAUCUCCCCACCACAAUAUUCUUGCUGCCCCGGCUGGAGAAGAAGUAAUGGGCUCCCUGGUUGUGGCACAGCAAUAUGCCAAUCACCUUGUCAGAACGGAGGGAGCUGUGCCAGGCCUGGUAGAUGCAGAUGCCCUGCAGGGUGGCAAGGAGACACUUGCCAAAUAGAUGUGGAUGAAUGUAGUCAACCUGGUCAUGGUUGCCCCCAGAAUUGCAUCAACAUUCCUGGGAGUUACCACUGCCAGUGCCAGCAAGGAUAUGAGCUGUCUUCGGAUGGGCGAUUAUGCCAGCUCCAGAGUGGUUCCCCAGGAGUAACCUCAACUCUUUGUCCCACUGGGCAGCCUCAGUCAGAGGCUUCUGAUGAAAUGAAAGAAGAAAUACAAAAGCUAAGGAGUCGAGUAGAUGUGUUGGAGGAGAAGCUGCAGCUGAUGCUGGCUCCCUUCAACAGCCUGGCACCACAGGCCUCAGAGGAUGGCCUACCUGCUGACCACAUCAGCUUUCUGUCCCACUCUUUUCAACAACUGGACCGGAUUGACUCCCUGAGUGAGCAGAUUCUGUUCCUGGAGGAACGGCUAGAGACCUGUUCCUGCAAGAAUAAACAAUAAGAGAUGUCCAGCUAAGUCCAGAGGCCUCACGUGGCAGGGCAGUGAGAACUAAGGCCCCAGAAUAGGACCACAGGGAACCUGCCACAUCUUUUCCUUUUAAAGAUGAUUGUACCACUAAUCCUCUACAAGAAGACAGUCUGGCCUCCUUCCCAUGAGCAGACCAAGCAGCAGGCUGCAGGGUUAGCUUGUGAUACUAGGAUAAAUGGAGAUCCAGCCACUUAUUUUCUUCUUCCAUGACCCAAGCUCACCAACUCCCCAUUCCUCAUUUCCCUCCAGUGAUAGUAGGAUUUGGUCCUCUCCUCUCCCCCCAUCCUGUUUCUGGGGAGGAGACAAAAAGCUGCCCCCAUCUUAGUGGGGUUCAUGUAAUCACUAGCUUGGGGAAAAGAGGCAUAAUUGCCAUCAAGGUCAGAUCAGGAUCCAGUCAAGCAGGGACAGUUUGGAAGAAGCAACAGUUAGAACUUGGGAAAGGCAAACAAAAUAUAGAUGGGGAACCCCAACCACUACCACUACCCACCACAACAUAGGGUUUGGAGUAAGGAACCUGGCUUUGAAUCCUCCUGCUUCUUACUGUGUAGUCUUCACCAAGACAUUUAACCAGUUUUUUUGUGUUUGUUUUUUUGGGGGGGCAAUGAGGGUUAAGUGACUUGCCCAGGGUCACACAGCUAGUAAGUGUCAAGUGUCAGGUCCUCCUGAAUCCAGGGCCGGUGCUUUAUCCACUCUGUCACCUAUUUCCUCUUUUAUUAAAAAAAAGAAAGAAAAAGGAAAUGAGCUAAGUGAUCCCCAGUGUUCCUGCUCCAUAUUCUUGGAUCCUUCAGCUCCACAAACAAAAAGGAAGAAGCCUACAUCCUGAGGCAAGAUCAUCUGCCCCUAACACCCUGGAGUUGGAAGGUUCCUUAAGGAUCGCCCCGUCCAAUCUCCCCUCCAUAACACCCCAACGUGGACUACAACCUGAGCUACCAGCAGGGGGAUGUGAGCUAAUUUGUCCCUUCCACAAGAGGGAUGAGCUGACCCAAGCCAUUUCCUAUUCCCCCUGUUAUCAAUAGCCCACAAUUGUGUGACAUGUCCACUCAAGUUAAGCAGCCUGUGUCUAAGGAAUAGGUCUUUUGGGUUUUUUUUCCUCCCAUGUGAAUCUGAUCCAGGAAUCAAGCUCACAACCUUGUCCCCAUUUGUACUGUGACCUGAGCCAAGGGUAGGGAGCCCCAUCUUGAGUCUUGAUUGGCCCCAAGUGAGUGAUGUCCUUCCCUCCCUCCUCCUCUUAAAGCUGCUCCCUACUUGGAUAGCAGCCCCUACCUCUGGCACAACCAAUGCCAAAGUCUAUUCUAAGCUUGUGUGUGAGGGCAGCCCGCCCACCAGCAAGGGGAUGAUUCACCCAUUUGUCAUCCAGGACCUAGCCAAGAGCAAGCUGUCCACGGCAUCUGGGCGAAGGUACGCGAUCUCUUCCCCACUGACCUUCUGCCACCAUCCUGGUGUUUGGCUUCCAGCUUCUGGCAGAGGGGAGAGGAAGGGAGGACCCCACCCCCCAACUCAGGGAAAAGGGCAGCAGUGCCCGGUGGGUAAAAUAGAAAAAUUGUAUCCCACUGCCUCCCUGGACUGACCCAUUCAGAAAUAACUGGUAUUUGUUUAAUGCUGUGUUUAGACUAACCUUUGUAAAAAUAAAAACCAAACUGUUAUCAGGCUGUGAUAAUUGAGUGCAAAUAUAGCUGGGAGCCAGCAGCACCAUGGCACCUGGCCCUGCUCACCAGGCCUUAAAAACAAUGAUUCUGUCAGCCUACUUGAAGGCUAGACUGACCCUCACAAUGCUUUUGAAAUUUGGAGCUGGGUGACAGGGGGUGAGGGGAAGGUGGCCUGCCUCAACCACUGCUAUUUCAAGACCAAUGUCCCUUUGUGGCUGGGGGAAGAGGAAGCAAGCCCAAGCCCCUUGGAGCACAACCAUUUGCAGUCUUCUGGACUCCAGGAAGACAGAUAAAAGUCAUUCCAUGCCAUGCACCAGCGCACUAGCUUGCAUGGGUAUUUGCCAACAGGAAUGUGGGUAUGAACAUGAUACAGGGAAGUAGCAUGAGGGAAACCUUCCCAGAGGGGGCAAAGAAUACAAGUUCACUAAAGGGAGCUGAGUCAACUUGCACAUAGCAAGUGUUUAAGGAGCACAUGCCCCCAUAGCAGAGCAGAUACGGAAGGUCAGGCCUGGAUCAGCAGUCAGGAAACCAGAAUCAUCAACUACCUGCAUGCCUUUGACAAAAUCUCCCGAGUUUCUGUUUCUCUGUCUUUAAAAUGACUCAGAUACUUCUUUCAGAAGGUCACAGAGAGGAUAGGAGGUAACAAUAAUGGUCACAUGUCUCUUUCGCCCUCAUAAAUGUUUAUUGAUAACUUAAAAAAAAAAUGUCGCCAAAGUUUCCCCCCGUAUCCUUCCCCCUCCUAAACCCAGAAAGCCAUCCCAUAUAACAAUAUUUUCAAAAGGAAAA